AUGGAAUUUAUGGAAAAUUCAUGUAAAAUGUUACUGCAUGAUACUUACGUUAUAUCAUCGAAUGAUACAAAAAAUACAUUUGUUCAUAGUCCAUUAUUUCAUUCAAAUUUAACAUUUGUUCUAAGUUUGAUUGGUUCAUUGUGUAAUUUAUUAUGUUUUAUUAGAUUGAUCUAUUUAAUUGACUACACUAAUAGUAAUAGAAAAUCGAAUAAAUUAUUAUUUUCUGAUAGUCAAUAUUAUUUUUUCAUUCCACUAACAUUAAAUGAAUUUCUUCUCUGUUUAUCAGCCGUUUCUAGCUGUCUUGAUGAAAAAUAUUAUUCAUUUUUAUCUAAAUAUCAUUUAUGUUCAUCACAUGCAUUUCUAUGGAAAUUUACACUCCAUUUUACUCCACUAUUGACAAUUUCAAUAUUAUGUCGUUAUCAUUACUUAAUUAAAUCUUGUAAACAUUAUUCUAGAACAUUAAAUCAAUUAUUGUGCUCAAAUUUAUCAAUAUUAUUAUCAAUAAUUUUAAGUUUUGCAUGGUCUGUAGAUGGUUUAUGGAUAUGGGGUGUUACAAAUGUGAAAGAUUUCAAUUUGGCUCUUAAUAAUAUUACUAGUCAUAGUAAUGAAACUGAAAAUUUAGAUGCUCGAACCGUGUGUUAUUUACAAACAAACUUUAAUUUAACAUUUACCGCUCGAUUAGUACAUUUGAUUCAUGCUGAUUUUCUUUUAUUAGUUUUAUUACAUCUACUAGGAUUAGUUUUGGAAAUCUGGUUACAAUGUCGUGUAUCCUGUCACAGUCCUCUACAUUCACCUUCCUCCACAACAGCACCACCUGAACGUCAAAUAUGUUUAUAUGUUUUGUACAUAUUUUCUCUUUCUACUAUCACAUCAUUACCAUUUUUCAUGUUUCGCGUGUACGAGAUAAUUGUUGAUUAUAGUCUGUCGUAUUCUGUAAGCUCUGAAAUAUUUUCAGGUCGUUUAUUUGCUCAAAUUCUACUAAGUGGUGCCGGUUGUAAAUCGAUAUUAUGUUUAAUACUAUUUUGCCCAUUUUCUCGAUCGUUUCUCACUAGAAACUUUUGGACAUGUUACAUACAUUGUUUCCCACCAAAGAUAAUUGUUGAACAAAAUCAAUCAUUAACAACAAAAAUUACACAAAAUAGGAAUAAUUGUGAGUUAGAGGAUGAUUCUUAUGCAUUGUCAAUAAGACGUAAGUCUACAAAUUCGAUCAUAAUUAUGGAUACAAGUGAUAAUAAUAGCCAGCAUAGUCACCGUUAUUUAUUUUUAACUUAA